AUGGCGCGACUACGAGUUCCCGCAUCGCCAGUUGAAACUCGUCGCGCGAAUUAUGCCUAUGAAGGAGCCGGAAACAAGACGCCCAGCCGACCUAAUCAUUCAGGCCCACAGCCUGAGAUCAAUGUAGCCUUCGAUUCGUCUGCCAAUGAUCCCCCUGAACAUCCCACUUCCUUUCCGCGCAUUGUAAGGAGCUUCGCGUUAAUGGACGUGAAGACAAAGCGAUAUGUACAAGGUUACAUUGUCGGACAGUACAAGGCCAUUAAGCAAAUGGGCCACGAGCACAUCACCGCGACUGGCACCAAAACAGUCUUCUUCCUUGGUCAAGCACAACAAGAGGAAGAGUUCGACAUAUUAGACGAGGAUAUGAAGACCGACCUGGGCGAGUACAUCAACGAGGAUGAGGAUGCGGAUCGCUCAUGGCGUGGGGUUUGCGACUUCAUGCAGAAAAUUCCGACCUCCAAGGCUGUGGCGCCGACAGAGUUCAAGGAUAAGAACAUUUUGGACACUGAGACACCUCAUCAAGCCCGCUUGAUGCGUGCCCAGAGUGCGCCCUCUCUGGCUCGAUGUAUCGCGAAUGCUAGCUUUGACAGCGCCGGAUCAGAGACAGACUCUGACUCAGAAGACGACGACAUCGAUCUUGAACUGAAAAUCGAGAACGCACUCUCGUCCUUUGCUAAAAAGGUCGAGGAAUUAGAGGAUGUAGCAGGAGCGCUGUCAAUCACGCCACCCGGCCGCACAUAUUCUGAAGCUCACCCAUUUACACCAUCGCCUCCCAAGGACAUCGAUAUACCAUACCCCUGUGGACCAAAGCACAACUCUCGACUUCGUCGUCAUAGCGGUAACCGUUCACUCGCAUCACUGAUCGCUCACGUUGAGGAUCACCGUACCACCUACAGUGUUAUCCGUGGCACUGUGCGGGGUGGGAAGGUUGCACUCGAUCCACCUAUCACCACUACCAAAGAAUGGUCUAGUGGGCUGCAGACGUGGGAGGGUGAAAGCUGGCCCAACGCACCCGAGCGCAUUGGAAACGACUUUGAAGACGCCCAGAACUCUAUCACGAGGAAUGAAUCCGAGGACUGCGACGUAGAAGAGCUCUCACAGCUACGUGCGUCGCUGACGGAAACUACGGACAAUGACGAACCCAUGUGGCCUGAAGUCAUCGCCAACCGCCCGUAUACGGCUCCGCUUAUGUACGAGGAAGCCGCCGAUUUUAUUGAACAUGUCGCCACUAAUCCGGAUGUUGAUUCCGAAUGUUGGUCAGAACCCUUGGAUGGUUGCGCGAAACCGCGUCGCAAGUGGACUAGCAAGAUGAAGCAUUGUCUCAAGAAAAUACCCCAAAACACAAAGCAGGCUACCCACGACUAUGUCAAAGCGACGAAACGAUUCUCACGGACUGCUUGGCGCGUGUUGCCAGCUGCGCUGUCGAGCCGACAUCCGUUCCAGAAGAUCGACAGCAUCCUCUAG